CACUGAUGUGCUUUAAUUAAUAUAUCCAUGCUGGGUUCGCUUACACGACCUUUCUUUUUCUUUUCUCUUUUCUUUGUUUUGUUAAGCAUUGCAGGCUGUAUGUACCGAGUAGUUCAGACAACGGGACCAGAUGGAAAAAACCUUCUGAAAUUGCUUCCAAUUUCUAAAUCCUCAGCAAGCUUUGUGCCGAUAGUUCAGUCGUCAGCCAUGCCAAAUAAUCCUAAAGCGAAUAUAUCUAGCCCGGUUCAUCUUACUUUUAAGACCCAGCUUCCCAAUUCUACUACAGCUUCAUCUGUUAAGAUACCUGUUUUUCAGUCUGCUAAUCCAGGAAAGAUUAUUCUUACAAGGACAGUAGACAAGCAGGAAAGUGUUAGAGCACCUUCUGAAAAGGAAAGCUUGACUGCGAAAUCGGCUGCUAACGUCCAGAGCGGUUGUGUUUCAGUCGAUAGACUGUCUUUACAGAACAUUGCUGUAACAAGUUCAUCUAACCAGACUAACACUGCAUACAUGUUGCUAAACACAAAGAGUCUCCCAGUGUCUGUGAAAACUCCCAUGCUGCCCACUGGCCACCACCUCCAGAUACCAGCUGAUGCAGAGGUGAAGUCUGUCCCAGCCUCUUUUCUACCGCCCGCAAUACAGCAAAAAAUACUCGCAGCUGCAGCAACGAAUGCGUCUGGAGGAGCAGACAGCACGAAGAUGCCGACUGUUAUUUAUGUGUCGCCAGUGAACACGGUGAAAACGAUGCUCCCCAAGCGUCUGCAAACCAUUUGCCCCAGGCCCAGCACGGAAGUUUCGAAGCCACUGGUAAUGACAGCUGCACAAAAGGCGAGUAGCUCUCAUCCAGAGACAGGGACGUCUGAUGGGCAGCAGGGCCAGCAAGGUCCGGUGAAAUGGAUUGUGCAGUCGCGUGCCCAGCCGUCAGCRCCUUGCCUUAUUCCUGUAAAGUCAUCCAAUAACGUGGCUUCCAAAAUCCUGAAAACAUUAGCGGACAUGAAGAAUGUAGAAGUCAAUUCUGCAAACAUUUUGCCGCUCUGUUCCAGUAGCCCUGGUGGAAGCCAAGCAAAACUCACCUCUAUUAAAGAUAACGCUCUGGUCAUGUGCAACGGGAAGGUCUAUUUGUUGACUAAAAGAGGCUCUGAUGUUUUGACAGCCCAAGCUGACAAACAGGCGUUGUCUUCGUCUGAUGUUUCACUUAGAAAGGAGGCGUCCAAACUAAUGGAUUCUGAUGCAGUCACUAAAAUAACCAGUAAAGUGGUGAAUUUUGUAUUGUCAAAAAACAAAGGGAUGGUGCUGUCUCAGAAAGAUCCCAAAAUGUGCCCAAAUUCGGAUGUCCCUUCCCCCGCUGGUUUAAGAAAAGACUUGGAGUCUGCACCUGCAGUUGUGGGGACACCAAGUGUUAAUCAGCAGAAUUCCGUCGUUAACCAGGGCAAGAGUCUGCCCGUCACCCAGAGCAUUUCGAGUGGAGCGACCCCUCUUACAGAAGUAGGGAUCCAGGAAAACRUAUGCCAGAAUGGCAAAGAGAAGAGCCCUUCUCCCAAAGCAGCAACRUCUGCUGUAGCUCAUUCUAAACAAAAGAGUGCUCCUGGUGAAGACUGUCCAAAGAUCCAGUUUGAGAAGAUGGAUUCACCAGGAAAGGUUAUUCAAAUCAAACACCAAGAGAAACCACAUUGGAAACAAUACAUGGAAUUAAGGAAAAAAUUUGGCCUCUCUAAGGAGGAGAGGGUAUGCCUUAGGAGAAUACCCUUAAGGACCUCCUCUGAGAUAUGGGAAGAAAGAGUGUGUCCCAGUAAUAGCUCGAAAAGGAGAAAUGAUUCUAGCAGUUCAUCGUCAUUAGAUUUGGAAAUAAUAAGUCAACGUCAAGAAUGUGUUGAACAGCAAAAGAUAAUUGUGGAUCUGGAAGAGGAUUUGUCUAAGAAAAGAAGGAUGAAAUCCUCACCGCUGGCAGACGUGGGGAAAAGGAGGAAGACGUCAGUCAAAUCAACCACGAAUACAAGUCUGGAAAACAGCAGCCCCAGUCCCGUAGUCCUUAACAAAAGUGUUUCGCCUCCAMCUGUCCUGUUGCAGAGUGUUUCCACGGGCUCUGUUGUAUCUCCUCCAGUGAAGGACUCUGAGCAAGACCCGUGCUCUCAAAGUAGUGACAUUACAGACUCAAGUGUCCCCGUUUUAGUGGCAUGUGAAAACAAUACUUCGGUUAUUGAAGGUUCCUUCAGAGACGACGUUUUCCCUUUGACUCCCCCGGACUUGGAUGAAACAAUUAGGGAUGAAAAAAUAAAGCGACUUAAACAGCUCUUAAGAGAACGAGAAGCAGCACUCGAGGAGAUGCGCAGAAAGAUGCAGCAAACCUGAGAUGCUGGAGCUGGGCGUCUGGACCACGUUCAGCUUUGCUUCAGUGGCUGCCACGAAGAAUUCUACGCUUAAAUAUACUUAAGUUUUCUUUUUUUUCUUCCUGGUAAAUGGAGGGUCUUAAUGAGAUUUAUAAUGUGUGCAUAUUUAGGAAAGUCUAAGUUUCCUCCUAGACACCAGGAGUAUAUGAAUCAACUUGUCUAGAAUUCUGUUUUUGGGAUGUUAUGUCUCAACGCAGAAGAUAAACGCUUUUAUUAGUGUAUUCUCUAUAUUUUGAAUUGAGAGCUUUCUGUAUUAGUCCUAGGAAAUAAACUCUCCCGCUGUGGAAUUUCAUGGCCUAUCCCUUAGAAACUGAAUGUAAAUUGCAAACCCCAAUUAUAGAUAUUUUUUUUCCUYUGCUAAUGUUUUAUAGUGCAUGACAACUUUUGUGAAUUACUGGAAAGUAUCAAUUUGUCAUAAAAGGUCAUUUGUCAGUGUUUAAUAAAUACUAUUUAAGCAAUCUGGG